AAAUCAUUUACCCAUACAAAAGUAUAGGCGAUAGAAAUUUUAUCCUGGCGCUAUAGACACAGUACCAUAAGGGAAAGAUGAAAAAGAUUAACCAAGCACAAAAUAGCAAGCACUCACGCCUAUACCUUCUGCAUAAUGAAACAGUUUCGCAAAGAGAACUAAAGCCAAAUUCCCCGAAGCCAGACGAAAACUAAAACCAAAUUCCCCAAAAACAGCUAAAAGAGCACACCCGUCUAUGUAGCAAAAUAGUGGGAAGAUUUAUGGGUAGAGGUGACAAGCCUACCAAGCCUGGUGAUAGCUGGUUAUCCAAGAUAGAAUCUUAGUUCAACCUUAAGUUUACCUACAGAAUCACUUAAUUCCCCCAUAAGCUUAAUUGUUAGUCUAAAGAGGGACAGCUCUUUAGACACUAGGAAAAAACCUUAUAUAGAGAGUAAAAAAACCCAGUUCCCAUAGUUGGCCCAAAAGCAGCCAUCAAUUAAGAAAGUGUUCAAGCUCAACAUAAUUAUCUUAAAAAGUCUCAAACAUUCUACUGAACUCCUCACAUCACAUUGGAUUAAUCUAUUAUUUCAUAGAAGUGAUAAUGCUAAUAUAAGUAACAUGAAUAUUUUCUCCACUGCAUAAGCCUACAUCCGACUGAAAAACUUCACUGAUACUUAACAGCCUAAUAUCAAUAAAUACAAACAAAGUCAAUAUUAUUCAUACUGUUAACCCAACACAGGCAUGCUUUUAAGGAAAGGUUAAAAAAAGUAAAAGGAACUCGGCAAACUUAACCCCGCCUAUUUACCAAAAACAUCACCUCUAGCAUUACCAGUAUUAGAGGCACCGCCUGCCCAGUGACACAUGUUUAACGGCCGCGGUACCCUGACUGUGCAAAGGUAGCAUAAUCACUUGUUCCUUAAAUAGGGACUCGCAUGAAUGGCACCACGAGGGUUCAACUGUCUCUUACUUUCAACCAGUGAAAUUGACCUGCCCGUGAAGAGGCGAGCAUAAAAUAGUAAGACGAGAAGACCCUAUGGAGCUUUAAUUUACUAACGCAAUCAAAAUCAUAUAAAUCUGCAGACUUUAAACUACUACACCUGCAUUAAAAAUUUUGGUCGGGGUGACCUUGGAGCAUAACUAAACCUCCGAACAACCUAUGCUAAGGCUACACAAGCCAAAGCGAGUCAACAUCCAUAAUUGAUCCAAUAACUUGACCAACGGAACAAGUUACCCUAGGGAUAACAGUGCAAUCCUAUUCUAGAGUCCAUAUCAACAAUAGGGUUUACAACCUCGAUGUUGGAUUAGGACAUCCUAAUGGUGCAGCAGCUAUCAAGGGUUCUUUUGUUCAACAAUUAAAGUCCUACGUGAUCUGCGUUCAGACCAGAGCAAUCCAGGUUGGUUUCUA